GCUAUUAUUUUACGUUGCUCUGAUGGAUAAUAAUUGAUAUAUGUGAACGUACUAAUAUGAACGAAUCAGCAUGUUCUUCCGAUCAGAACGGCCAUCGUCGUCGUGGAUUUAGUUUCAAGGAAAGUGGUCAACUGCCGUCGGCGACCUCUUUAGUAUCCGGAGGAUCAUGUUCUUCUUCCAACUGCAUGGCUGCGCAUUCAGACGAGUUUGUCUUGGCGAGGAAACCCAAGAGGCCGGCGGGGAGGAAGAAGUUCAAGGAGACCCGGCACCCGGUGUACAAGGGAGUGUGGCGGAGGGGGAACGGGAAAUGGGUUUGUGAGCUCCGGGAGCCGAUCAAGCAGAAGAGGAUAUGGGUGGGAAGUUACCCUACUCCGGAAAUGGCGGCGCGAGCUCACGACGUGGCGGCAUUGGCGCUGAGAGGCGAGUUUGCAACGCUCAACUUCGCUGAUUCCUUGUGGCGCCUGCCGGUGUCGGUGUCCAAGGACGCCAAGGAUAUCCGGAGAGUGGCGGUGAUGGUCGCCAAGGGCUUCAGGGAGACGACGACGGUAGUGGCGAAAGUAGUGGAGGAGGAAGUGGAAAGCAAACGCAAAACGGGAAAAACGAUACGGGCUUCAGGGAGACGACGACUUCACCACCGUGUAUAA